CGCGCGCGCAGCGGCGCGUCACCAGACGGAUCUGCGCUCGCGCUGACGGAGCGUCUCUGCCGCGGAGCCAGAAAUGAUCAGAACCCCGCGGACUGGACCCGAACCCGAACCCGAACCCAGCCAACAUGGAUGCGUGUAGAACCCUGGCGGCGCUGCUCUGGGUCCUGCUGCUGAGACGGGUCCAGGUCUGCCAGGCGGAGGAAGUUGUGCUGCUGAACUCCAAGGAGACGCAGGCAGAACUCGGCUGGACCUCCUUCCCCCCAAACGGAUGGGAGGAGAUCAGCGGCGUGGAUGAGAAGUACAAGCCGAUCCGGACCUACCAGGUGUGUAACGUGAUGGAGCCCACGCAGCAGAACAACUGGCUGCAGACGGGCUGGGUGGCGCGCCGCGGCGGACAGCGCAUCUUCGUGGAGCUGCAGUUCACGCUGCGCGAUUGCAACAGCAUCCCCGGCGUGGCCGGGACCUGCAAGGAGACGUUCAACCUGCUGUACGUGGAGUCGGACCGGGACCUGGGCGCCGUGACCCGGGAGGACCGCUACACCAAGAUAGACACCAUCGCCGCCGACGAGAGCUUCACGCAGGGAGACCUGGGGGAGAGGAAGAUGAAGCUCAACACGGAGGUGCGGGAGAUCGGACACCUCAACCGGAAGGGCUUCCACCUGGCCUUCCAGGACGUGGGCGCGUGCGUCGCCCUGGUGGCCGUCCGCGUGUACUACAAGCGCUGCCUGGCCACCGUGCAGAACCUGGCCAUGUUCCCCGACACGGUGGCCGAGGCCGCCUUCGCCACGCUGGUGGAGGUCCGCGGCGGCUGCGUCAACAACUCGGAGGUGGACAGCGACAGCCCUCCCAGGAUGCAUUGCAGCGCCGAGGGGGAGUGGCUGGUGCCCAUCGGGAAGUGCAGCUGCAGCGCCGGCUACGAGGAGGGCCACAGCAGCUGCGAAGCUUGUCCGCCUGGAUCCUACAAGAUGUCGUCGCGGCAACAGGAGUGUUUUCCUUGUCCGGCCAACAGUGUGGCGGAGGAGGAAGGAUCGGUGGUGUGUGUGUGUGAGGAAGAUCACUUCAGGACUCCUCUGGACAGCCCCUCCACCCCCUGCACAAGGCCGCCCUCCCCGCCCAGGAGCCUGCGCUUCUCCCUGCGACAGUCCUCCCUGGUCCUGGACUGGGCCCCGCCCUCGGACUCCGGGGGCCGCGUGGACCUGACCUACAGCGUGGGCUGCCGGCGCUGCGGCCCGGCCCGCUGCGAGUCGUGCGGGCCCGGCGUGGGCUUCGUGCCGCAGCAGGUGGGGCUGACGGAGCGCACGGUGACGGUGGUCAACCUGCUGCCCAACACCAACUACACCUUCAGCGUGGAGGCGCUGAACGGCGUGUCGGACCUGCUGCCCAGCAAGAGCUUCUACACACAGGUCAACGUGUCCACCAGCCUGCCCCCUCCGUCUCUGAUCAGCGAGCUGCGAGCGGAGAAGAUCGAGGAGAAGAGCGUCACGCUGGUGUGGAGGGAACCGCCGAACCCAAACAGCAGCCGCACCGAGUACGAGGUCAAGUACUACGAGAAGGACCAGAAGGACCAGAGUUAUUCCACGGUGAAGACGGCCGCCACUCGGAUCAUCGUCAACAACCUGAAACCUGGAACCACUUACGUCUUUCUCAUCCGUCCCUUCUUGACUCCGGCUCCGUCCUCGUCCUUGUCUUCUUCUGCUCUCUCAUCGACCUCUUCUACUUCUGCCUCCUCUUCCUCGUCUUCAUCCUCCUCUUCCUCUUCCACUCCUCCUCCCAUCGACUACGGAGCGUUCAGCACGCCGCUGGAGCUGCAGACUCUGGGCGAGUUAGCCCUGGCGUCCAGCGAACAGAACCCAGUGGUGAUCAUCGUCAUCGUGUCGGUGGCUGCACUCAUCAUGCUGCUGUCCAUGGGGGCGGGGCUUCUCCUCUGGAGGAGACAGUGCGGCUACAGCAAAGCCUCCCAGGAGGGAGACGAGGAGCUCUACUUCCAGUUUAAGAUCCCGACACGGCGGACCUACAUCGACCCGGAGACGUGUGAAGACCUGCUGCAGGCCGUCCACGCCUUCGCCAAGGAGCUGGACAACCAGAGCAUCAAGAUAGAGAGGAUCGUCCACACAGGUGACUUUGGGGAGGUGUGCCGCGGCUGCCUGAAGCUGCCCAGUAAGCGCGAGCUGCCGGUCGCCAUCCGGACGCUGCGGGCCGGCUGCUCCGACAAGCAGCGCCGCUCCUUCCUGAGCGAGGCCGGCAUCCUGGGCCAGUUCGACCACGCCAACAUCAUCCGGCUGGAGGGCGUCAUCACCACCGGAAACACGAUGAUGAUCGUGGAGGAGAGCAUGACCAACGGAGCCAUGGACUCCUUCCUCAGGAAACACGAAGGCCAGCUGAGCGUCAUGCAGCUGAUGGACAUGCUGACCGGAGUGGCUUCAGGGAUGAAAUAUCUUACUGAGAUGGGAUUCGUUCACAAACGGCUGGCAGCGCACAAGGUUCUGGUGAACUCCAACCUGACCUGCAAGGUGUCGGGCUUCAGGCCGCUUCAGGAGGAAAAGAUCGACUCCAUCUACACCACGCUGCACGGAGGGAAGAGCGUGGUUCUGUGGACCGCCCCGGAGGCCAUCCAGUACCGCCGCUUCUCCUCGGCCUCCGACGUCUGGAGCUUCGGCAUCGUCAUGUGGGAGGUCAUGUCCUACGGAGAGAGGCCCUACUGGGACAUGGGCACCCAGGAUGUCAUAAAGGCCAUUGAGGACGGCUUCAGGCUGCCGGCUCCGGUCAACUGCCCCCCCCACCUGCACCAGCUGAUGCUGGACUGCUGGCAGAAGGAGCGGGCGGAGCGGCCCGGCUUCAGCCAGAUCCACUCGGCGCUCAGUAAGAGCGUCCGCUCUCCGGACGGCAUCGGCUCGUCCACGCUGGCGCGCAGGACGCUGAGCUCGUCCAUCUCCCUGGCCGAGCGGCCGCUGCCCUCCUUCCCGUCCUUCAGCUCGGUGGGAGAGUGGCUGGACGCCGUGGACAUGAGCCGCUACAAGGACAACUUCACCGCUGCAGGAUACUGCUACCUGGAGUCUGUGGCUCGCAUGACCGUACAAGACGUGCUGAGCCUGGGCGUCACCUCCCUGGACCACCAGAAGCUGAUCCUGGCCGCCAUCCAGACGCUGCGGGCGCAGGUGAUCCAGAUGCACGGCCGGGGGGUCCAGGUCUGACCGGGGGGUCCAGGUCUGACCGGGACUCACCUGGCUGCGGCUGCGGCGCCUCACACAGGUGUGCAGGAGGAGACGAGCGGGGAGCGUCCGCCCUGGAGGACAGGCCAGCGGACGCUUGACUCCUCUUCCAUUCCUUCAUCCCUUCUUCCUGUUUUCAAGAGGAGGUGAGUGGCGCGACCCAAGGACCCCAAAGGAGUGAUGUCAUGUGACCUUUGUGACCUCUGCCGCUCCCUCUGGCCAAUCAGAGCCCCGGACGGACAGGUUUGGUGGAAUGUCCCUUUAUGACAAACCUUGGCAGAAGGACUCGUGUUUCCACGUUGAUCUGACCGACCAACUGGAGCGGGCCUUGUGGGCGGGGCUUCAGUGGUGGCCCAAUCAGAAACAGACGCUGGAAAAUGUUGAAACUGUCGGGUUUUUCUUCUCCUUGGUGCUUUUUCCUGGUUUUCUUUGUGCUGGACGUCAUUUCAGUAACAGUCCUCAUGUUUCUGUGUUUACAGGUUCAGCUCAAAAAACUGGAAUAUCAGAAAAAAUUCCGUUUUUUCUGUCAGAUUUCAGAAACUUCUUGUAAUUCUGAUGAUUAAACCUCAGAGAAGGAAAAGCCAAAGUUGGAUCUGAACAUUGAGAAGUGGUGGCGUGACACCAAGACGCUGAAGGAGCUCGUUGUUCAGAGUUCUGUAUCCAAGCAUAUUAACGGAAGAUUGAGUGGAA